UGCCACAUGCAAUUCAACUGCAAUUUGCGGUUGCAACAAUGUAGUUGUUGUUGUUGUUGUUGUAAUGAAAGCAAGUCUUACCCAUAAAACUUAUUUGUUUACUGCGUGAGGAACUGUGACCCCUGAGAAAUCUGAAACCCGAUAAUCUGAAAUGCGCUCGCUGAUAAGACAAACCGAAACGAACAGGCGACAAGCGAAGCGAGGGAUUAGCGUAGCCGAUAGAGCAGAGCAGCAAACGAGCGUUGUACCAAUGACUUUGGCAACAGAAGCUAUAGAUAGGCCUGUUAUGUGCGCUGGCCAGUCAGUUGCAUGGCGCAAGCGUUUGCGUUACUAACGGUUAAGACUUUGGGAAAAAAACUUGUGCGUUUUUACAGCGAUCAGCCGUACGGAAAGAUGAGCGUGGAGGCGAAAGUAAUAUCGGGCACAGCCGUGGCCAAAAACAUACGCGAGGAACUGCGUCGGGAAGUGAGCGCUUUGCGUGAGCGUGGACCACAGUUUGUGCCUGGCUUGCGCAUUGUGCAGGUGGGCGGACGCGAGGACUCCAAUGUCUACAUACGCAUGAAGAUUAAGGCUGCUACGGAAAUUGGCAUUGAGGCUCAGCAUGUGAAAUUGCCACGUUCCAUAACCGAAAUCGAGCUGCUUGAUAAGCUGAAUGAGCUCAACAAUGAUCCUCAGGUGCAUGGCAUCAUAGUGCAAAUGCCGCUGGACUGUGAUACAAAGAUAGACUCUCAUCGUAUAACAGAUGCAGUGUCGCCGUCGAAGGAUGUGGAUGGCUUGCAUACAGUGAACGAAGGUCGCCUGGCUACGGGAGAUCUGAAUGGCUUCUUGCCCUGCACGCCUUGGGGCUGCCUGGAGCUUAUAAGACGCACUGGUGUAGAGAUUGCUGGAGCGAAUGCUGUGGUGCUAGGACGCAGCAAAAUUGUCGGCACACCUGCUGCCGAGCUGCUCAAGUGGGCCAAUGCAACGGUCACGGUGUGCCACUCGAAGACGCGUCAGCUGGAGCAGAUUACACGCAGCGCGGAUAUUCUUGUUGUUGGCAUUGGUGUCGCCGAGAUGGUCAAGGGCUCUUGGAUCAAGCCCGGCGCUGUGGUCAUAGACUGCGGCAUCAAUGUUAAGCCAGAUUCAACCAAGGCGAGCGGCACACGUUUGGUGGGCGACGUGGACUACGAGCAGGCUAAGCUGGUGGCGGGUUACAUAACUCCUGUGCCUGGUGGUGUUGGUCCUAUGACUGUAGCCAUGUUAAUGAAAAAUACUGUUACUUCAGCAGCACGCGCUGCAGUGCGUCUAACUCGCACCAACUGGAAUCUGCAGCCAUUGCCAUUGAAGCUGCAGCAACCCGUGCCCAGCGAUAUUGUCAUUGCUCGCGCCCAAAGGCCCAAGGACAUCAGUCAGCUGGCAGCAGAGAUUGGCUUGGAGCCCAAUGAAGUAUCGCUGUAUGGCAAUAAGAAGGCCAAGAUUGCCUUAAGCGUGCUGCAGCGUCUGGGUGAGCGUCAGCUUGGCAACUAUGUGGUGGUUGCUGGCAUUACGCCCACGCCGCUGGGCGAGGGCAAGACUACCACGUUGAUGGGUCUGGUGCAGGCUCUCGGCGCGCACAAGGAACGCAAUACCAUUGCUGCACUGCGUCAACCCUCGCAGGGACCUACGUUUGGCAUUAAAGGCGGCGCUGCCGGCGGUGGCUACUCACAGGUUAUACCCAUGGAGGAGUUUAAUUUGCAUUUGACGGGUGAUAUACACGCCGUAUCGGCAGCAAACAAUCUGCUGGCGGCGCAGCUGGAUACGCGCAUCUUCCAUGAAGCCACGCAGCAAAGUAAGGCGCUGUACGACCGUCUCGUGCCUAGGAUUAAGGGUCAGCGAAAGUUCAGCGCCAUACAGCUGAGACGCUUGCAGCGUUUGGGGAUUGAUAAAACAGAUCCGGAUGCACUCAGCGAGGAGGAGUACACAGCCUUUGCGCGUCUCAACAUUGACACAGACACCAUUAUGUGGGAGCGUGUGGUGGACAUGAAUGAUAGAUAUCUGCGCGCCAUUACCAUUGGUGAGUCCAGCAGUGAGAAGGGCUUGAGUCGCAAGACUAGAUUCUCCAUUGCCGUGGCCAGCGAGAUUAUGGCUGUGUUGGCUUUGUCGCGUUGCCUGGCGGACAUGAAGGAGCGCCUGUCCAAAAUGGUGGUGGCUUUUGACAAAAGCGGUCAGCCUGUUACGGCGGAUGAUCUGGGCGUCACUGGUGCCUUGGCUGUGCUCUUGAAGGAUGCGCUGGAGCCUAAUCUUAUGCAAUCGCUGGAGGGCACACCUGUGCUAGUGCAUGCAGGUCCCUUUGCCAACAUUGCGCAUGGCUGCAAUUCCAUUAUCGCUGAUGAGAUUGGUCUCAAGCUGGUGGGUCCCGAUGGCUUUGUCUGUACUGAGGCAGGCUUCGGUUCUGAUAUCGGCAUGGAAAAGUUCUGCAACAUCAAAUGCCGCAACUCGGGCCGUGAACCCAAUGCUAUGGUGCUGGUGGCCACAGUCAGAGCUAUUAAGAUGCAUGGUGGUGGUGCACCCGUGACACCCGGAGCGCCGCUUAAUAAGCAAUACACGGAGGAGAAUCUGGAGCUGUUGGAGAAGGGCUUGCCCAAUCUGCUGCAGCAUAUAUCAAAUGGUCGCUCCUUUGGCAUGCCUGUUGUGGUUUGCAUUAAUAAGCAUAUGUCUGAUACUAAGGCAGAGCAUGAGCUGCUUAAGCAGGCAGCGCUUAAGGCGGGCGCUUUUGCUGCUGUGGUGUCCACGCACUGGGAGCAAGGCGGUGCUGGUGCUGUGGAGCUGGCGGAGGCGGUCAUAGCUGCUUGUCAGCAAAAGAAGCAGUUCAAGUUAUUAUAUGACCUGGAGCUGCCUUUGCAGGACAAGAUGCAGAAGAUAGCGCAGACCAUGUAUGGCGCAGGCAAGGUGGUGUUGUCCGAGCAGGCGCAGCGUAAGGUGGAGAUGCUAACGCAAGCGGGCUUUGGUAAACUCCCUGUCUGCAUGUCCAAGACAUCCGCCUCGGUGACAGGCGAUGAUAAGAUCAAGGGCGCACCAAAGGGCUUUACAUUGAAUGUGCAGGACGUUUAUGUAUCCGCUGGCGCCGGUUUUGUAGUCGCCAUGUGUGGCGAGAUUACCAAAAUGCCUGGACUGGCAACGCGUCCUGCCAUAUAUGACAUUGAUUUGAAUACAGAAACUGGACAAAUUGAGGGCUUAUUUUAAACACAUUAUAUAUUUUUAGACUCUACAAUGCAUUUAAAGCGUGCCUCACUACAGACAAUUUUAAAUAAAAGCAUUUUACUGUAAACAUAACAAA